AUGAGAAUUAUAAGAAAUGACGGGUUUAAUGUGUAUUUAUCUGGGUAUUUUAAUGUGCCUUCGGUUUUAGAAGAUGGGUUUGUGAUUGGAUAUAUUGCUCAUUCACAAGGGUGGGUGGGUAGGGGUGAGGGUACAAAAAGAAAGUUAAAAAUGGCAACCGAGGGGAUAAAGGGAAAAUCAAAAGCAAUUUGGGAUGCACGAACACAUGAGAUUUGGGUUGAUGUAGCUGUAGAACAAGUGAGGGCUGGUAACAGAAAUGGAACACACUUGAGCAAAGAGGGUUGGAAACUUUUUACUGAGAACUUUAACAAAGCAACAAAUAGAGAUUAUGAUAGGAAACAACUAAAAAAUCAUUGGGAUGUAGUAAAGAAAGAGUGGCAGCUAUGGGAUGCAUUGUUAAGAGGCGAAACUGGACUUGGUUGGGAUAUGGAAAGGCAAACUAUAGAUGCUCCAAAUGAAUGGUGGGUUACAAAACUACAAAAAUAUCCGGAAGCUGCAAAAUAUUGUGUGAAGGGCUUAGAUCAUGCAUUCAAAUUAGAUGAGUUGUUUUGCGAUGUCACAGGGCUUGGGCACCUACAUCUGGUGUAA